UGCCCCGGUCAGUCGGGACAGAAAAAGGGAACUCGACGUGGGUUUUACUAAUCCAGUUCCAGGAUCCUGGUUUUUGGUCAUGGUGUCCGGUGCGCAGUCCACGAAGGAGUCGGCCUGAAGACCGCCGGAAGUCGCUCAGCGGAGAGACAGGAAGUCCCGCCCCUUCCUCCCAAAGGGAAGACGGUGAGCCGGAGGAGUCAGUCAGAGGGGCGAGCAGGAGGGAUUCCGUCGGCAAACAGGUUAUGUGUGCCCAGUGAGCCACCCCUGACACAAGAAGCAUCAUCAGCACUUUAUUAGUGAUGGAUACUGAGAAGAAACCAGAGAAUGAUGAGGAUGACAGUGUAAACAAAGAAGCAAAAGACUUGAGAAAUAGUUCACCCCAGGAUGUAGAUUGUGGGCCUGUAUCUGAGGUGAUAGCAGAUUCCUCUGAAAAUUCCACAAGCAAAAGAGGCUUUUUAGAGUCAUCGGACUUUGACAGCGCUGUCGUGGGGAAUGAUGGAAAUGAACACGCUUCCAAGAGAAUGAAAUUAGCUGAGGCAGAGCCCCUCCAGUCAGGAGAGCUGGGCAUCCCUGGGUCAGAGAGGCCUGAGGGCUCAGGCCCGGAAGCGGGUGUCCCGUUGGCGGGGACAGGGGUGGGGGCCCUCCUUAGUGACCCUGAUGGAGGCGUGUGUCUUCCUGGUGCCUUUGCCGCCCCCUGCAGUGUUAGCCCCACGGACGCUGCUUCUCUGGAAACAGAUGCUGAGAAGAAGCCCGCUCAGGAAAUGGUUUUCCUUGAUCCAGGAAGAGAGCUUUCCUUCCCUCAGAACGAGAUGCCUGCGAGCAGUACCCUCGGAAGUGUGAAUGCAGUUCUGCAGUGCGGCGCAUGUGGUCACUCGUUUGUUUCCUGCUCCGAUUUGGAGAAGCAUGCCGAGUGUCACAUGCAGCAGCCUGAGGACCACGCCUGCGGCCCCUGUGGCCACAAAGCAGAGAGCAGCACGGCCUUACAUGUGCACGUCAGGCAGGCGCACGGGCCGCAGAGGGUCUUUUCUUGUGACCUCUGUGGCUUUCAGUGUGUGGAGGAGAACCUGUUGAACGCACACUAUCUCGGCAAAACACAUCUCCGGCGUCAGAACCUUGCUGCUCGUGGAGGGUUUGUACAGAUCUUAACCAAACAGCCUUUUCCUAAGAAGCCAUGUCCCAUGGGAACAAAAAGUGUUCGCACAAAGCCAAGAGCGUCUAAGCCAAUAGCAAAGAAUGGCGGUUCAAAAGGAUUACGAAACGUUGGAAGCAAAUUUAAAGAUUUCAGAGGAAGCAUUUCUAAACAAAGUGGAAAUGGCAGUGAGUUGCUGGUUGAAAUGAUGCCAUCCAGGAGUACUUCACCAGAAAAAGUAGAGAUUGUUGAAGAAAAUGUAACCUCCCUCGAUAUACCUCGGAAUCCUGAAAACCAGAGUAAAAAGUUAGGAGCCUUAGUCACCUCAGAGGGUCUCCUAGAGAAAUUGGAAUCUACCAGAAACACCCUCCAGGCAGCCCACGGUGUCAGUACGUCCUCAAGACCCAGACCUGAGCGGAACGUCCUCAUGCUGGGCAGCAGCUUCCGACGACGCAGCGGCGCUUUCGCCCUAAGGGGCCAGGCGAAGAAAAGGUUCACUCUUUUAGGAGUUAACAAAAGAGGCACUACUGAAACUCAGAGGCUGUGCUUGAAACACUUUAGAACACAGAUGAAAACAAGUGAUGCUGAGUCAACACCCCAGCAUGCAGAAACCAGUGGCAGCGUCCAGGGUCUGUGCGUCACAUCCGCAGAGACCCAGGACCUGAAGCAAGACAGGAGAAGCUCCCAUCUCCCAUGCUCCUUUGACUCGGUGACGGUGAGGCUGCCUUCUGAUGACCAGGUGUUGUGUACGUGUACAGACUGUGGACACACAGCCACAAACAGGACAGAGUUGGAAAUCCAUGUGAAGAGGAGCCACGCAGGAGAGAUGCAGUCUCACUGCCAGACAUGUGGCUUUUCCAGUGCGUCCAGGAGGGACUUGGAUGCACACUCGCACAAUAACCAGCAUCAGCAGACCGCCCCCGGCCUCAGUUGUCAGUGUUGUUCCUUUACUUCCUUGAAUGAAAUGUACCUGAGAGACCACAUGAAGGAAAAGCACAGUAGGGGUUUCCUUUGCACGCCUUGUGAUCUGUGCUUCUCGUCUGAGAAAGACAUGGAGGAACACAAGACAACUGAGAAGCACAUUCACUUGUUGGGUCAGCCAAAGACUUCUCAAUCAUUUAACAAUGAUUUGGUUUUACAGACUUUACCUUUAAGUACUUUAGAAUCAGAAAAUACAAAAGAUUCUGUGAGUGAGUCAGGAAAAGCAGCUCAGGAAGAGCCAGUUCAGUCCAGGGUAAGCCAUGGAAAUGAAGUAAGACAUGCGAAUAAGCCUCAGUUUCAGUGUAAGAAGUGUUUUUAUAAAACAAGAUCUUCCACUGUUCUCACAAGACACAUAAAGCUCCGCCAUGGUCAAGACUAUCACUUUCUGUGUAAGGCAUGUAAUCUUUACUCAUUGAGCAAAGAAGGAAUGGAGAAACACAUUAAGAGAAGCAAACAUCUUGAAAAUGCUAAGAAAAAUAAUAUUGGCUUAAGCUUUGAAGAAUGUAUUGAAAGGGUCUGCAUAGGUGCAAAUGACAAAAAAGAAGAGUUUACCAUUUCUGGGAAUGGAAGGAUAGAAGGCCAUGUGGAAGGUGUGCAAUUCCAGGAGCACACCUGUCUCGACAAGAGCAUCCUCCUUCCCCAGGAACUGUCACAAUCUGGUGUAAUCACCAAAGAGGCUGAAUUAACUUUGACCACUGCCCCAAAGAGAGGGAGACCUAAAGGUAACAUCUCACGGACGUGUUCACACUGUGGUCUUUUGGCCUCGAGUAUUACAAACUUGACCGUGCACAUUAGACGAAAACACAGUCACCAGUACAGUUAUUUAUGCAAAGUGUGUAAGUAUUAUACUGUAACUAAGGGAGACAUGGAACGUCAUUGUGCCACCAAGAAACAUAAAGGACGUGUAGAAAUAGAAGCGAGUGGAAAACCAAGUUCAGAUAUCAUUGUUGGCCCGGAAGGGGGGAACCCUGAAGCCUGUAGGAAGAACACCACUUCAGCAGUUUCGGAUGUACCUGCCAACGAGUCAGCUGAAGCAGACACCUCUGUUUCGGAAAAGCCAGUACUAGAGCAAGGGAAUCCAGUUGAAGUCGACGUUGAGAAUGUAUUUCAUUCUACAGAUGGGGAAACGAACGGUCACAUUCUUGAGAGAAAGGAACAAACGUCUCUAGAACCAGAGGACCUUAUCCAUCAGGGCAAUGCCUGCUCCCAGGGAGAUGACACAGGUACAGGAGAUAACAAAUGUGCGCGCUGUGAGUUUAACGCUUACUCUUCUCCUUCUCUAGAACUGCACAUAAAACGGAAACAUACAAGAGAGUUUGCGUUUUAUUGCAUGGCGUGUGAUUACUAUGCUGUGACUCGGCGGGAGAUGACCAGGCACGCCGCAACAGAAAAACAUAAGAUGAAAAGGCAGUCUUACCUGAACUCUUCUAACGUAGAAGCCAGUUCUGCAGAAAUGUCCAAAACCAUCAUUAUUCCUGAAGAGCAGCAUCAGCAAAGUUCUGAAGAAUUUCAGAUAAUUUCAGACCAACCCUCUGAAACUCUCAGAACUAGAAAUGCUGCUGAUUGUUCUAUUUUGGAUGAGAAUACUAAUUUAGAUAUGUCCAAAGUACUCUGCGCUCCUGGCUCUGUAGAAAUUGAGACUGAGGAAGAAUCUAAUCUCAGUGAAGAUCAUUCCUUUUGUGAAGCUUUCCAGCCGCCCCUUGCCAAGGAUAAAGUUACAAAACCGGAGGAGAUGGUGUCCCUUAAUAUUUCCUCUAAUUAUGGCUCCCCAGGCAACUUUCAGAAUGAAAAUUCAGGAAGCUCAGCUUUGAAUUAUGAGACAGCAAAGGAAAACCACAGUAUGUUGAAUGACGUCGGUGAUCCAGACACACAUUGCAAGAGUGAUGGCGGAAACGUAGGGGACAAGGCAGAUAAAGUCCUUGGCAAACGUGUGUGCCCCGGAGCUCUAGAAGGAGAGCAUUCGGCUGAGAGCACCAUGCUGAGAGCAACUGGAGAAGAGCUCAACCUGGGUGGCAGUGGUCAGAACAAAGUUGGAAGUGUGCAGAGUUCGGGGGAUUUGAAAGAUGUGCCAGAAGAUCCCGUUCUAGAGGACAAGGAGGCUCUGAUGAAUUCCCAGCAUGAAAGGCAAAUAACUUUGGGAGAGGAUGGUCCAGCUUCCGACAGCACCGUUGAAAAUACUGAUGUUUAUGAAACUAUAAUCAGUAUUGAUGAUAAAGGACAAGCCGUGUACAGUUUUGGCCGGUUUGAUUCUUCCAUCAUAAGGAUAAAGAACCCCGAAGAUGGGGACCUGUUAGACCAGUCUGAAGAGGGCCUUAUAGCAGCAGGAGUGAGAAUGAGUGAGUUGCCCUUAAAGGACUGUGCUCAAGGUGUGAAAAAGAAGAAAUCCGACGGCGGUUCCUUUGCCGAAUCCACACGAAUUCGUUGUGAUGACUGUGGCUUCUUAGCAGAUGGCUUGAGUGGACUGAAUGUUCACAUAGCCAUGAAGCAUCCUACAAAAGAGAAACACUUCCACUGUCUGCUGUGUGGAAAGUCGUUCUACACGGAGAGCAACCUCCAUCAGCAUUUGGCCAGUGCUGGUCACAUGAGAAAUGAACAGGCCAGCGUCGAGGAGCUUCCCGAGGGAGGGGCCACCUUUAAAUGUGUCAAGUGUACAGAGCCCUUUGAUUCUGAACAGAAUUUAUUUCUGCAUAUUAAAGGGCAGCAUGAGGAACUGCUCCGAGAGGUGAAUAAGUACAUAGUGGAAGACACUGAGCAAAUCAACCGCGAGAGAGAGGAAAAUCAGGGGAACGUUUGCAAGUAUUGUGGGAAGAUGUGUCGCAGUAGCAAUUCGAUGGCAUUCCUAGCACACAUUCGCACUCACACAGGAUCAAAACCAUUCAAGUGCAAGAUAUGCCAUUUUGCAACAGCUCAGCUUGGCGAUGCCAGAAACCAUGUCAAAAGGCACCUUGGGAUGAGGGAAUACAAGUGUCAUGUCUGUGGGGUUGCUUUUGUAAUGAAGAAACACCUAAAUACUCAUCUACUGGGAAAACAUGGAGUUGGCACACCAAAAGAAAGGAAAUUUACAUGCCGCCUGUGUGAUAGAAGUUUCACAGAGAAGUGGGCCCUGAACAACCACAUGAAACUCCACACGGGGGAGAAGCCAUUCAAGUGUACCUGGCCUACCUGCCAUUACUCCUUCCUCACGGCCUCCGCCAUGAAGGACCACUACAGGACGCACACAGGCGAGAAGUCGUUCCUGUGUGACCUGUGUGGCUUUGCUGGCGGGACCCGGCAUGCCCUCACCAAGCACCGCAGGCAGCAUACAGGAGAAAAACCUUUUAAAUGUGAUGAGUGUAACUUUGCCUCCACGACCCAAUCUCAUCUGACGCGGCAUAAGCGGGUACACACAGGAGAGAAGCCCUACAGGUGCCCCUGGUGUGACUACAGGUCAAACUGUGCUGAAAAUAUCCGCAAACACAUUCUACACACGGGCAAACAUGAAGGGGUCAAGAUGUACAACUGCCCCAAGUGUGACUAUGGAACCAACGUCCCUGUGGAGUUUCGAAACCACUUGAAAGAGCAGCAUCCUGACAUCGAAAACCCUGACCUGGCCUACCUGCACGCAGGCAUUGUGUCCAAGUCCUACGAAUGCCGUCUGAAGGGCCAGGGGGCCACGUUCGUGGAGACGGACAGCCCCUUCACGGCGGCCGCACUGGCGGAGGAGUCUCCGGUCAAGGACAGGCCCCUGCGGGGCAGCAGGAGGCCGGCGGCGCCGCCGGAGCCGGUGCAGCAGGUCAUCAUCAUCCAGGGCUACGACGGGGACUUCGCCCUGGACGCCUCCGUGGAGGAGGCGGCCGCGGCCACGCUGCAGACGCUGGCACUGGCCGGCCAGGUGGCCCGGGUGGUGCACAUCACGGAGGACGGGCAGGUCAUCGCCGCGGGGCAGAGCGGGGCGCCCGCGCCUGGGGUGCCGGAACAGCUGGCAGACGGAGCCACGCAGGUGGUGGUCGUGGGGGCCCCGAUGGAAGGCCAUGGCAUGGACGCGCCCCUCAGCCCCAGCGGGCCUGCAAUUCAGCAGGUGACCAAGCAGGGGAUUCUAGACCUGGCCGAGGCCGGCAUCCCCCCGCCGGACACGGCCUCGGCCUUGGACGCCCUGCUGUGCGCGGUCACCGAGCUGGGAGGGGCGGAGGGCCGGGCCGCGGCCGAGGAGAAGGGCAGGGCCGGCCCCAGAGACGUGCUGGUCCCGCUGCCAGGGCAGGCGGCGGACCCCGCCGCAGCCCCGGCCGAGGCCCACGAGAUCCACGUGUGCCACGACGUGCAGGACGGUGGCACCGCCCUGGAGCCCGCGGGGGCGCUGAGCCGCGCCGUCCGGCCCGCGGCCCUGAUCGCGUCGCAGGAGCGCGCCCAGCUGGCCUUCAGGAAGGUGGUGCAGGGCGUGCUGCAGUUCGCAGUCUGCGACCCGGCCGCGGCCGGCCAGCUCAUGAAGGACGGUGUCACGCAGGUCAUCGUGAACGAGGAGGGCACCGUGCAUAUGCUGGCCCGGGAGGGCUCCCAGAUCAUCAUGCAGGAGGCCCAGGCCCACGGCCAGCGCGUGGACCUGGCCGAGUCGGACGGCGAGAUCUCGCAGAUCAUCGUGACCGAGGAGCUGGUCCAGGCCAUGGUCCAGGAGUCCGGCGGCGGCUUUCCCGAGGGGGCGACUCAUUACAUCGUGACAGAACUGCCCCCGGGGGCGCAGGACGAGACGGGCGUGUACUCGCACACCGUGAUAGAGACGGCCGGCUCUCAGGAGAUCCUGCAGGCCGGGGCCGCACUCAGCGCCGAGGCUGUGGUCCCCGGCGAAACAGAGCAGCUGACGAGCAUGGUCAUAUACACCCAGGAGGACUCCCCGGCGGCCGCGGUAAUCCAGAGCCAUAGAGAGAGCAGCGAGCUUCACGAGGCCUGAGCCCGGAGCCUUGCCCCACCCCCGGCACCGGGCGGACGCGGAGCGACCAGCACCCAAGGCGCGUGCUCCCUGCGCUCCGUUUGCAAAGCCUUCGCGACAGUGACGGCUGCUGCCCGGGAGCGCGCACAGGCUCUGGGCCGGGUGACGUCCCUGCCGACCGCGCGCACGGGACACGUGGACGCGCAGGGCGGAAGCCCGGCGCGCGUGUGGGGCGGGGCCGCCGGAGGCAGGUCUGUCUACAGUUUGGUUCUUCUCUGGAUGCUCUUCCCUCUGUUCUGUCCGCUGUGCUGACGAGAAGCUAAGUUGUUUUCUCUUUCGUUCCCCCCACAAAUGUUUUCCCGUUUCAGUUGUGGAAGGACUGUGCCCCAGCAGUAGAAGAGUGACAACAGUGUGUCUCAUGGCUUGAGACACAGCUGCCCUUGCAGUCCAGCAUGUCGCUGUUUUAACAUUUUAUUACACGUUUGGUUAAAAAUUGCAGCUACACGUAUUACCAUGUCGAAGCGGUCGGCUCCUCUUCAUUUUUCUGGAAAUUUUAGGAUCGCAGCGUCCCCAAACCAAAGGCAGCCUGUUCGUUUCAUGUAUGGAUUUCCUUCCUUCAGGCAUCGUAGGUGUGGUCAUCGCCCUGGUUGCUUCUGCUUAAAAGAUUCCUUCUUAAGCCUACGGUUAAGAAAAGCCUUGGCGUUUAUAUUCAGUUAAAAUAAACCUUGGUUAAGAAAACCCAAUGCUUCUAAUUUUGACUUAGUUUCAUACAAUAAAGUCUAUAUGAAAUGUGCACUCUGGAAAAUAUUGUUUGUAUCAAUAUUUUGCUUUUAUAACAAAUGUUUCUUAGUGUGGAUAUCAUAUUCGCAGGAUUUCUCUGCGGUUUCUGUCCACGUGAAAGAGCUGACAUCAAACAUUAGUGGUAGAGAGCCGUGCCCCGCAGCCUCGGCCCCAGCAGGACUGUCUGUGCUUCGCUGUGGGAUCAUCGCAACUGUGGAUGCGAGUCCAUAGCCGGCUGACUCGUGUCUUGAUACGACUGCUCCUUUUCCUUUUCCAAAAUUGUAAAAUCAUCCCCUCCCCCAAAUGCAAAGGUUGUUUCUGUUCUGUUUCUCUUUUCUUUGAAAUAAAAGUAUAGCAUUAAAAGAUAA